CGGACGAUUCAACCCGCUACCACUUUACUGGUAACCUCUCAGUGUUGAACACACCGAAGCAAUUUUCUGAUAUCUGUACAUUCCGUGUCCUGUGAUAUCUUGAUAUCCAAUAUGGUUGUUGCUGUAGAUAAAAGCGUUCGUUGCAUCGUGGUUGGUGAUGGUUUGGUCGGUAAGACCGGACUGAUUCAGAAGUUUAUUCGGGGAGAUUUUAUCCCGGAAUAUGUCGCCACCCUGAAGGAUGAAUACACCACCAAACUCCGCGCCAGUGGGGAUGUGUAUGACCUACAUGUUACGGAUCUAGCUGGAGAGCACGAGGAUCUCUCUUCCUUACCAAACCCCGAUGUCUUCAUCGUCUGCUUUAGUUUAGUGGACAAGGAUUCGCUCGAUAACGUGGAACAGUUCUGGAUGCCGAGAAUCCGGAGCUUGGGAAAAGACAUUCCAGUGAUCCUUGUUGGAACUCAACUGGACAUGCGCAAAACGAAUGAACAGGGACAUGUAUCAGACGAACAAGGGAAAUUUUUUGCCAAGCAGUUGAAAACUAAUCAUUACAUUGAAUGUUCAGCGAAAAUGGAUUUCAAAAUUCAGGAUGUAUUCGAAAAGGCUGUUUAUGCAAAAAUUCGCCACAGCAAAAGAAAGUCGAACAUUAUCAGGAGAGUGUUCGGGCGCUGACACAAGACAUAAGUAUCUUCGACACAGUGGCCCUUGAGUCACUACAGAAUAAAAUAUAAAUAGCAGACAUGUCUGCUCUCCGAAACGUCUCCGGAAGGACGGAUGGACCUUCCGACACCGACGCCGUUCCUGAUACUUUCUCCAAAUGAGCUGUCAUCUAAAAACGACAAGCUUCCGCCCAGUGGCCGGAGGAACUGGAAUCUAAAGCCCGAAAACGCCAGCGGAUUAUCCAAUGCAGAACAAAAUUUUCCCGGAAUCCAGCAGUCAAUGUUGGAAAUGGGAAUCCCUACUCGUUGCAUACCGUGGGAUACCGCUAAAGCACAAGCAACUUAUAACGAAAGCACAGUUGUGCUUGAUAUGCAAUCAAAACUGUAAAUAGAUUUGUAUAAUAUCUUUGCUUAUGUCUCAAAAUGUAAGAUUUUGAAAAUUUUUAUUUGUAAUCAAUGCGCUUAAAAUUCAAACUGUAAGGCGACUUUUAAAGAUCAUCUUGGACUUAUCUACUUAUAUAUUGUAAAUAUUUGGAUUUGAAAUAAAAUUUGUAUAUA